UACUCGCGCCCACCUCAACUCACCCCACGUCACGGAGGGCCAAGGGUCCAUAGAUCGUGUGCUCCCUUUCCUUGCUUGGUAUCUUACCGUACAUCGACAUUGACCUCAAGCAGCAGUACCAGCAGCAGCAGCAGCACUGACGCAUAUACCCAAAGCCACUCGAACCGUCUACGCAACGCACGCUUCGUUCAAUUCGCGUGACCGCCCUGGCAACCACCUCGGGCAUACCUUGCAGAUCCAUCGCCAUCGCCUCUCCUACCCACGAUCCUCUGCUUCAGCUUGUCCAGCCUGCGCAUCUCGCCAGGCUAUAAGUAGCCAUGCCCAUGGCCAAUGUCGCUCCCACACCUCCUCUCUCCUCUGCUCAGCCAGAUCCCAUUUUCUCUCCUCCAGCUCUAGAGCCACCCUCGCAAGCCUUUGCCUCACGCCCACCUCCGCCCAAUGUACCAGCAGACGUGGCGUCCAAUGCAAUACUCUCUGCCUUCAAGAUGUCCCUCGAGGAGGUAGAGUCCUACCUCGUUGCCCUCGAGGCUAGGAUCAAGUGCGAGGAAGAGUACGUCAGAAGUCUACGCUCCUCCCUCGAGCGCAGUAGAGAGCAGGAUCUGAAGCUCGACGCACGCAUCUCCUCCAUCACUUCUUCUGCUUCAUCUUCCUCUUCGACACUUGGCCCUCCUGCUGCCGUGACGAGUCAGCUGCCGGGCAUGAGACGGGCUUGGAAAGGACUGCAGGACGACGCUCAAAGGCAGAUCCAUACCCGCACCCAUUUCAUCGAGGCGGUCAAGGCACACACCAUCGCUCCUCUCCGGGCCUUUCACGAUGCCCAAGACCGAAUACGCCGGAGGAUCAAGGAGGACAUUCGGAACUCCCUGCUGGACUAUGAGGAGAUGCGUAUGAGAGAGCUCAAACGCAUCAAGAGGAAUUACGAUCGGGCUUGUGAGAAUCUGGAUCAGCUAAAGGCACAACAGGUUGCCAUUGAUGAGCAGAGGUCAUUGUUGUUGAGCCCGCCCUCGGCUCAGCAGCAGCUCUCUCAUGCCCACUACGUAGAUGCCAGCAGAGAUACCACAGACUCCCAUGGCAAGAAGGAAAGUACCCGCAUCGGAGAAGAAGGGGCCGCCUACGUGCCUCCCAGUUCUGCAUCGAGGAUACAGCUAUCGCAAAGACGCUUCAGCGGCUCAAAGCUUCGUUCCUACUCUAGACCCACGUCUUCUGGUUCUCAUAAUGAGCUUCACGCGGGUCAAGCUCAUCGGGCUUCUUCGGAUCAACAUCCCGAGUCCUCUUACUCGCCUCAGUCCUCCAAUGACUCCCAUGGCGCAGGAGGGGCGACGGCAGCAGCAAAGAAGAAUGCAGGAGCCUUUUUCGAAGCACUUCGUCAUCGUGAUACCUGGGACACGGCUCGAAAGGAUGUAGCCAAGAAGACCAAUGCCCUCAUCACCAAGAUGAAGGAAGGACCUGGUUCGCCCCCAGCUUCGAAUAGCGGCAGCAGCGCGGGCGUGGGAUGGGAGAGGGAGCAAGGAGCAGUCGUUGCGAGUAGCUCGGCGGGUGGGACCUCUGGAGGUCUAUUCAGCGGCGUCACUGCGGUGGGAGCGAAUGUGGGCGAUUUGGGCGCCAAUCUCUUGGCUCGUUCCGGUAGUGUGACGGGCAAGAAUACGCAGUACGUCCAGAAUCUGGCCGUGAGAAUCAGCAAGGCUAAGAGGGAGUCGCAGGAGGCUGACAAGCUUUACCGUCGCGCAAUCUUUGAUGUUGAGACGCUCGCCCUCCGCCGGGGAAAGACACUUGCGGCAGCUCGGACAUCGGUACUAGCAUGCCGCCGCGAGCUGUCUCUGGUUUGUCAUCAUGCUUGGCUCUCUCUGUCACGCAAUUGGCAGAACCUCGCGACGACCGAGUCCUCCCUCGCCAUGCACUUUGGCGAAAGUCUUCUAGAGCUGGGAGCUUCCGACCGCUUGAACGAUGAGCUGUUGACGCUGGACAGUAGACUGCCCAUUCUCAAUAACGAGUCGGAGGAUGGACCAGUACCCUACGUCAACUUCUGGCACGGAGAAUGUCGCUCAUUGCUGUUUGGCGUCUCGCUAGUGGACUAUGACUUUGCCAGAACUCAGCGAGGUGCGCCUCAACUCGCCCUCUCGACGACUGGCGCGCCAGCCCUGGUCCAGCCCCCUCUGAUCGUGACCAAGUGCGUUUCUUACAUUGAGGAGUAUGGUCUGUCCACUCCGGGCAUCUACCGCCUCUCUGCUAAACACACGGCUAUACAGCAACUCUGUGCCUCCUUUGAGAAGGACGAGGAACGCUUCCAAUUCCGCGUUGGGGAAGAUGAGGCAGUGGCCGUGGCGGGAGUGCUGAAGCAGUGGCUCAGGGAGCUACCCUCUGCUGUGAUGCCCAUGCCUCGCGAGGAGAAGAUCAAGAUCACCCACUCCCUCGAGGAGCAGUUCCAGAACGGCUUUGCGACCCUCAAGGGGAGGAUCAGGCGACUGCCGCUCAUCAAUCAAGUCACACUCAAGACAAUCGUGGAGCAUCUGGCUGUCAUCGCGGCCAACUCUGCCGUCAAUCUCAUGACGGCCAAGAACCUAUCCGUCGUCUUCGGACCCGUACUCCUCACCGAGGCGACCGCAGCCGAAGGAGCUGCAGGCGAUGCUGCCGAGGGAGUGACCACGAGUCUUGCAGCGGCAAUGGAGGAAGACUCGGUCUGUGAGAUCCUCAUCACCUACUGUCAAGAGAUCUUCGACUUGGAAAAGGCAGGCGCUCCUAUUAUCCCGCCUCUGCCUACGGAGAUUAGUAGUCCCACUGGAAAGAAGGGAGCGGAGAGUGCUUGGGCUGAUGAGGUGAGGUCUAUUGGAGAGGAGAUUGGCGAAGGGGAGCCAAUUGAGAUGACCGGAUCUGAAGAACCAGGGAGUACCACUCGACCUAUAGGCGAGGUGUCCUUGGCAAUGGCUGCGGCUGUAGGAGGUGGAACUGCAGGAGAAGAAGGGGAAGAGCUCGUCUCCCCCGCAUCGGACAGACCUUUAGUCCCACCAGGCACAUCAGCUUCAGCUGCUUCUGGUCUCCGGAGAACAAACGCCGUCGUAGUGCCUUCGUCUCUCGAGAGCUCAACGAGCGGAGAGUCUGGGGGAAGCUAUGAUAGCGCUCCCGCUCCAAUUCCUGCUUCUGGACGACGUCCGUCUGGCUUGCAGCUGGAGAUUGACACUACCCCCUUGGGAAGAGUGCCUUACUCUAAUGGGACGCCCGUAAGCGCUGGUGCUGGUACUGGGGUUGCUUGAGCUUGAGAGAGCAGGCAGACAGAGGAAGAACAGGAGAGAAGGCUCUCUCGACGCAUAGAGAGUGGGACACGUAAGACAUGGGGCAAGCGUCUGUUGUAUUCACGUCUCCUUGCUCCCUUUUGCGUACACACUCUUGUAAAUAGUAACGAAGUAAUCAUGAUACACACAUGCACGACCUACUC